GUUGGGCAAUUAGAAUCUGAACUUGAACCACAUCCAAGUUAUAUUUGUAAGUGUGAUGGUAUUCAAAGUGAGAUUUGUAGAAUGCCUAGUAUAGCUAUCACAACAGUAUAUCAAAAAAUUUUACAAACAAAAACCAAUUUUUCGGGACCAGAAGUUAUGGGUUAUGAUAUGCCUAAAAUUGUUCAAGAGUAUCUUCAUGAAUUGUCAUUUCAAGUUUUCAAUUAUUCUUUUAAUAAAUUACAAAUAUGGAUACUUGAAGUUGGAAAAUCAAACAAUGAAAAACUUAACUUCGCUAGGCCUGAAUUCAAGUCUGCAUUUAUUUACUUAUAUAAUAGUCAACAUAGCAUUUUUUAUCAAGAGAUAGAAUUUAAUGAAUGUAGAAUUACAAUAUAUAAGGAAGGAAAUAAAGCUAGAGAACCAUUUAUUGGCUAUGAUUCAAAUUCCAUUUGA